AGGAUGAGAAAUAAAGGAGACAGAGAAACCGAGCCGUGGUCACGUUGGAUGUGUUCAGACGCUUUUAAGUUUGCCUUUUAAAAACUGUUUCUCAGAAUCAGGUGUCAUUUCUGAUCCCUGGGGCCUCAUAGUGAGAAACAUACGCUAUCAGGAGAGAACAGACAUCUGUUGCCACACGCGUACACACAUGCACACAGCCUCAGAGAUGAGCUUACACGAGUCUACAUUUUGUUGUCAGACAUAAACCCAGUCUGGAAUCGGAAGAAGUUUUUGAAUACGAAGAAAGAAAGUUAUCCAGGUUGGGAAUGACAUUACAUCGAUUCUUAAAGAUGGCUACAGAAUCUGCUGAUCUUGUAACAGAGAUAAGAUCAUUCCACAAAUGCCGAACAGAUCCAGAGAAGGUACAGGGGUGGCACCACAAGACGUUGCUUGUUUGCAGAGCGCAUGGAUCUGGCAGGUGGAGACAUAAUGUCAGUUAAGUUGAAGUUUGAAAGCCCGGCUGAUGGUGGAAUGGUACAUCGGAGCCGUUCUUUCACCGGCGUCAACACGCUCGUUGGCCGCAGAAGACAUUCCUCGGUCCGCAGCUCUCUCAGAUCUAAAGCGGCGGCAGGAAAAUCUCCCAGAAUUCCCACUUCUAGUCGUACGGGCAGCAGCAUCUGGGGGCAGCAGCCAGAGCAGGUGGACAGAAUCUUCCAGGCCCUACGGAAAGGUCUCAAGGAUUACUUGGAGAACCAUCAAACAGAACUGGAUUUCUUGUCAUCUCAGCAGCGGGACACCAAAAGAAACUCCAGAUUGGCUUUUUUCUAUGACCUGGAAAAGGAGAUUCGAGCCUUAGAGAGAUACAUACGACGGCUAGAGUUUCAGAUUAGUAAGGUAGAAGAGCUGUAUGAGUCCUACUGCAUCCAGUGGCGACUGUGUCAGGGUGCUUUAAACAUGAAGAGAGCGUUUUCUCUCUCUCCUUCUUCACGACAAUCCAGAGAGAGUUUACUAGAGUUGAGCCGAAACCACAGACACAGUCUGGAGGACAUGUCUGCAAUGGAAGGAGAACUAGAGAUCCUGCUGGGAGAGCUACAAAUCAAAAUGAAAGGGUUGAUAGGUUUCGCUCGGCUUUGCCCAGGAGAUCAGUAUGAGGUGUUAAUCCGGUUGGGCCGACAGAGAUGGAGAAUCAGAGGACGAAUACAGACUGAUGACAAACAGCUGUGGGAUGAGGAGGAGAUGGUCUUUCUCCCUCACAUUCAUGCCAACUUUGAGGUUAAGGUGACAGAGGUGAAGGGGCUGAGCUCAAUCCUGGUCGGCAUGGUAACAUGCAGGAGUGCUGAUUUUUUUACAUCACGACCGCAGAUGAUGGUUGUCGACAUUACGGAACUUGGAACCAUUAAACUGCAGCUCGAAGUGCUUUGGAAUCCAUUUGAUAGCAGUGAGGUGAGACCGAUCAUAGCAUCUGCCAGCCGACAGUCUAUCCACAGAAAGGGAUCCAUAUACAGCUGGACACCUCCCAACACACCCAGUUUCACAGAGAAAUACUUUUUAUCUAUGAUGCGGCAGCUACAGGAUGCAGACAGCUCUUUUUCCAUUGGUUCACGCGAAUCUAGGGGCGUGUCUUUACUCAGCUACCUGGCCGACUCCACCCAAACUCUCAAUCCUCCAGCCUAUGAGAAGACGGAUCACCUGCCGCUCACACCCCGCCAAGAUACAAAGUUACAAAAUGAAGAGAUACUAAAGACGCCACCAGGGGAUGCAGAGGAGAGUCUGGAAUGGCCAUCAGAGACGGACACAGCAACCCCCAGCCCUGCAGACAGCAAGCGAGACUCCAUCUUCCUCUUCCACCGUUAUAGCACACCUGACAUCCUCCGGAAAAAUGCAAACGUAACCCCCAGCACAGGUGACGGAGAUGCACAGGGGGCCACGGCCCUGGAUGAGACCGCCAUUGAGGAGCCCUCCUUCAACCAGGUACCUGAGACACCUAUCGAGAAGGACAAAAGUUUAAGCAGGUUUCAGAGGAGAGCCGUGUCUAUGAGAAUUAGCUCCCUGCUAGAAGAUCUAGAUUCAGCGCUGCAGGACAUGAGCAUAGCAGAGACAGAGUUAAAGACACUCGAUCUCCAGAUACGCCAACUAAAGGAGGUGUUGAAGAAGGACCCUGACCCUCCACAGAUGCCCUCAUGUGAAACACUAGCUGUGGACGAAGAGGAAGUGCUGGGAAGUUUUGACUUCCUCUCAACAGAUUUUAAUGAAGAUGAAGUCUCGUGCAUGGGCAGUAUCAGGCUCAGAGACACGGGAAUUGGUUCGUUCCACGAGAAUACACUGAGAACUAUGGGUCUAUCAGAAGACAUUAACGAAGGACAGAUCAAACACAAAGAAAACAAUGUCGUAAAGCCAUCAGUUAGUACGGGGGUCUACAGCCUCGACCAAGCCCUGGACACCCACCUAAACAUAUGCAAACUUCUACUGGAGGCACUGAAGUGUGUUAGCUCUGAUCUCGUGCACAAACACAUCACAGAGGAGCUGUCACGACAAACUGACAUGCUGGGAAAAAUCAGCACCCUGUCUAAGACGACAGAUGAGAUCUCAGCAACACAGAUGUUGUGCAGCUCUCCUAAGGGAAUGGAGGUAUUUUGGAAGGAGUGUUGUGAGAGUGACUCACAUUUCUGCUGCUCCACUGAUGGGUUUCUCAGGGCACUGCGCAAACAUUACAUUCACAAAGUCAAAGCCAAACAGCCUGGACAGACUGAUGCAGUUUUUGGUCAGCUGCUUCGUCAGGUUCAGUGCAGUUGUAUGAUGGCGUCUGUAAACCCAUGCAGUACAGACAGAGUGUCUGUGUUUCAACUGUUAGUCUACUUCAAGCGAUGGAAUAUAACUGACUUUGGAGAGCACCUCUCGCAUCUCUCUAAAGAAGUGUAUCUGAUAGCCUGUCUGGAGAGUCCCAAGAGGAGGCGAGCCCUGAAAAAGCUGAACGGGAGGCGGAUCUCCGAGCUGCAGCCAACAAAUCGCACGCUACAGCUUCUAGCCAAACUACAGACCGAUGUCAAUCAAAAGGUGACCUCAGCAGCCGCUUCUUGUCUCAGGAGGGCCUCGAGAUCCAAAUCCUUCAGGACAAAGGCAGUGGUUCGCUAUACAGAUCUGUUGAUAAAAGGGAACGCGCAAGUGCAACGCGAGGCCUGUCUUGCUUUGAAAUGUCUGAAGGCUUCAGAAAGUGCAGAGCAGGUGGCCGAACAGUGGCUGUCCACAGAUGAAGACCUGAGAAACGCUGCCCGUGAGACUGUGUUAUCCUUUGGUAAGAAAGGCCACAUGGCGUUCCAGCAAAUUGAUCGGAUCUUUGAGAUACAGGAUGAGGCUUAUAUGAACCUGGAGACUGAAAUAACAUUCCUUUAAAAAUAAUGGAAACUCGACUGACUUUUUAGGAGAGGACUAGGUAAUGUGGACGUCUCUACUGAGCAGGCUGUUUUUUUAAGGAACACAUUUCCCAAGUGUCUGCUCAUAUUGCCCAAUAUUUAUAUGCAUUGUAGUUCAAGCGUAUGCAUAACUAUGAUGACAAUUCUAUGUAUGUAUUUAUGAAAAAAAAAAGUUUUCUAUGUUUCAUCUGUAUUAAAGAAAAUAACCAUAAAAUAUUAGAAAGUAAA